UUGCACGGUGCCAUCUCUCUUGGCGAUACAAGUUGAACUAGAUAAGUAUUACCCUACUGCGAGUCGCUUCAAUUCCAAGCCGGAUCCGUAACCCCGUACCCCAGUCGGUAUAUUACAACGUGUCGACACGCCUCUCAUUCUAGCAUUACCUGGACAAGUAGCCGGACGGUGGCGCGUGCGUUUCAGUAGAUUAGAUUCAAACAUGGACACCUUGAUUGAUGCACUUGACGGCGAUAAGUGGGAGGAGGUUGAGGAGUCCAGUCUAGGAGAAGGUUUUGUGACGUACCACGUGAACCGGAACCACAAACGCCUUGAUACCAGUAGCCUUACAAUGUUGAUAGCCGAAGAGGAGGGAGAUGGGAAAAACGUGACCCUGGCAGGCACAAAGGCCAACAAAGACCCACUCAAAAAUAUUGGACAAUGUGACCUGAAACUAGAUACCGAAGGCAAGUUCAUCAUCGGCAUCAACCUGGACGGCGACUGCGUCGUGUGUAAAUAGACCUGCGCAGUCUAGUAAUUUAAUCGCAGAAUAUUAUUUUUCAUGAAAUGAAUAUUUAAGAUGUUUAAACAGUGUUUUGUGCAGUCAUUUGUUUUGAAGUAUUAUGAUGUCCAGAUUUUUCUAAUUAGAGAAAAAUGUACAUCAGAACUCAUAGGACAGAGUGUUGCUGUUAAUAGUAGUUCGAGAAUGCAUUGCUCUUCAAUAAAUACUUAUGUAUAUACGCUCAUUUGA